AUGGCUACCGAUCAAGAAGUGGCCACUGCGCUUAAGGUGCAAGGCAACAAGGCCUUUGCUCAGCACGACUGGCCUGUCGCAGUCGACUUUUAUAACCAGGCUAUUGCCAAAUUUGAUAAAGACCCAUCGUUCUUCUGCAACCGGGCCCAGCUAACGGUCCUCUUCUGUUUGGUUUCACAGGCUCAAAUUAAGCUCGAAGCUUUCGGCUUUGCCAUCGCGGACGCCACAAAGGCAAUCGAAUUGGAUCCCAAUUACGUGAAGGCCUACUGGAGACGUGCCCUCGCCAAUACUGCAAUCCUAAGCUACAAGGAGGCCUUGAAGGACUUCAAGGCCGUGGUUAGACGCGAACCGACCAACCAGAAUGCUAAGCUAAAGGCCACCGAGUGUGAGAAGCUCGUGCGCCGCAGAGAGUUUGAGCGGGCCAUUGAGAUCUCAGACCCGCCUUCUGCCUUUGCGGACUUGGACAUCGGUGCUAUCAAUGUUGAGGACGGCUAUGAUGGUGUGCGUCUUGGUGAAGAAAUGUCGCAAGAAUUCAUCGAUGAUAUGAUUGAGCGCUUUAAAGAUGGAAAGAAGAUCCAUCGCAAAUAUGUCUUCCAGAUCAUCAAGGCUGUCAAAGAUCUGGUAUACAAUGAGCCUACAAUGGUGGAAAUUGGCGUGGAAUCGGGCAAGAAGCUAACGGUCUGCGGCGAUACGCACGGCCAAUACUUCGAUUUGCUGGAGAUCUUCCGACGAAACGGUGCCCCCUCCGAUACUCACGCCUACCUCUUUAACGGUGACUUUGUUGACCGUGGCUCCUGGUCCUGCGAAAUUGCACUGCUGCUAUAUGCAUACAAGUGGUUGCGUCCUAACGGUCUUUUCCUUAACCGUGGAAACCACGAGACGGAUGAUAUGAAUAAGGUAUACGGCUUCGAAGGCGAGUGCAAGGCUAAAUAUAACGAGCGGGUGUUCAAGGUGUUCUCCGAGUCCUUCUCGGCUCUGCCACUGGCCACCUUGAUUGGCGAGAAGUAUCUUGUCUUGCACGGUGGUCUCUUCUCCGAUGACAAGAUCAAGUUGGAUGAUAUCCGCAAGCUCAACCGCCACAACCAACGGCAGCCUGGCCAAGCGGGUCUGAUGAUGGAGAUGCUCUGGACAGACCCGCAGACCGAGAAUGGCCGAGGUCCCAGCAAGCGUGGUGUCGGUCUCCAAUUUGGUCCUGACGUGACCAAGCGUUUCUGUGAAAAUAACGGCCUGAAGGCUAUUAUUCGUUCCCAUGAGGUGCGGAUGGGUGGUUAUGAGGUCGAACACGAUGGUCGUUGCAUCACUGUCUUUUCCGCUCCCAAGUACUGCGACUCCACUGAAAACAAGGGCGCUUACAUCAACAUCGGCCCUGAACUCGAGCUUGCAUAUGAAGUCUUUGAGGCAGUGCCACACCCCGAUAUCAAGCCGAUGGCAUACGCGAAUAACUCUAUUCUUUCGGGAAUGUGA